UUGAAACGGUCUAGUAAUAAUAAUUUCUGUAGUAUCAACAAAAGAAGUUUUUAGAACUCGCGCGUCAUAGUGUAAACAAAGAGUUUCCGCUCGGUCGGUAAAGCAGAUCGGAAAGUUAAACAAAAGAUGGCAGCAGAGUGGCGACGGCAGCGCCGCGCGCGGCGAGACGAUGCAGACGCCAGUCAACAUGGCGGCCGCCUGAGCCAGCGCGGCCGGAGCGCGCCUCGAGCAGAGAUGUCCGCGUCCGCGCCCCACGCCCACGGGCGCACCCCCGUGCGGCGCAGGGGGCACCAACACCACCCGCGGCUCCGGGGCGAUCGCGCGCCCGCCCCCACAAACGCGAACACUGAUCCGUCCAAACAAGUGACCUUACACAGUCAAACAGACGAUGUUGUGCCUUGUGUCAAUAGUGUUAGUGAAUCUCAACAAGUGACAAGGACGAACGGUGACGAUACACUUUCGAAUCGAAACGUAAUACAGGAAUUUUCGAAUAUUGACGAUGAAGACGAAUUUGAUAAAAUAAUAGCGAGCGUAGAAUUGCGCGAUAGUUCGGACGAUGAUUUUUCUAAUAAAGAAGAGAGGUCGGCGGGAGACGGUGCAGAGGUCCCCGCGCUCACGGAUGCGUCAGACGAUGAUCCGGAGACAGCGGAGCUGGCCCGGCUGCGGUGCACCAGCGUGUGCACGGAGGUGUUGGCGGAGCGAGAGAGCCGUAGGCGGCGGCGCUGCGCCGACUACCCGGGCCUGGCCUUCGGCAGCUCAAUAUUCUCAUCGGAUACGAUGAUGAAAUUUUCGAUCAUCAAGAAUGAACUGCAGAAUAUCAAGAACACAGCUUUGAAAAGGGCUGAGUCCGAGGUUGCCGCCCUCAACCGACGCAUCCAACUGCUGGAGGAGGACCUCGAGAGGUCCGAGGAGCGUCUCGCCACCGCCACCGCCAAGCUCGCGGAGGCCAGCCAGGCCGCCGAUGAGUCCGAACGAAUACGCAAGGCGCUGGAGAACCGAACCAACAUGGAGGAUGAUCGCGUCGCCAUCUUGGAAGCGCAGCUGGCGCAGGCAAAGCUCAUCGCCGAGGAGUCGGACAAAAAAUACGAAGAGGUGGCGCGCAAGCUCGUUAUGAUGGAGCAGGACCUCGAACGCGCCGAGGAGCGGGCCGAUCAGAGCGAUAGCAAAAUCGUCGAGCUUGAGGAGGAGCUCCGCGUUGUCGGUAACAACCUGAAGUCCCUGGAGGUCUCCGAGGAGAAGGCUACGCAAAGGGAAGAGACGUUCGAGGGGCAGGUCAAACUUCUGGACGCACAACUGAGAGAGGCUGAAGCCCGCGCUGAGUUCGCUGAGCGCUCUGUGCAGAAACUCCAAAAGGAGGUCGACAGGCUCGAAGAUGAGGUGAUCAACGAGAGCGAGCGCGUCAACGACAUGGGGCUCGACCUCGACGACUCCUUCGUGGAGAUCAUUCCCGGCGUGGACCCCUCCGAGCGGCAGAUGGUCGCCAUCCGCGCCGAGCGCGCGCGCAUCGCCGAGGCGAAGCGCAAGGAGGAGGAGCGCAUCGCCGAGGCGAAGCGCAAGGAGGAGGAGCGCCUCGCCGAGAUCGCGCGCCAGGAGGCCGCCAAGCGCGCCGCCGAGGAGGCCGCCGCGGCCGCGGCCGCCGCCGCCGAGGAGGACCGCAUCCGCCUCAUGGAGGAGGCCAGGAUAGCCGCGGAGCUCGCCGACGUCGAGCUCCAGGCCCGGCUGGCCGCGGAGCGCCAGCGCAAAGCGGAGGAGGCAGCUUUCCAGGCGGCGGCGCUGUCGCAGGAGGGAAUUUUCGAGCGCGAGGGCUCCGUGUCCCAUCUCACGCAGACGACGGAGGAGGAUCUCGAGGCCGCUAAGGCCGCGGCGGAGGCGGCGGCGUUGGCUGCCGCUAACGCGCCUCCCCCGGCCCCAGCCGCUGCUCCGGCUGAAGGCGCCGCGCCGCCCGCCGACGGCGCCGCCCCCGCUGAGGGCGCCCCGCCCGCCGAAGGCGCCCCGCCCGCAGGUGCCCCCGCCGCGGCCCCAGCCGAAGCCGCGCCACCAUCAUAAAAAAAAUCACCUCAAAAUAUACGCCUCGGAUCUAUAUAACCAAAACUGCGGCGUAGCAAUUAUAAUGUGAAUUCUAUUUUUUAUCGUCAAAUUAAACGAAAAACGAGCUAUAGCUGAUGGAAUAGUAUUUCAAUUAGGUUUAGUGUCCGUGUUGCAUGCGCGUGCCACUGACGACCGUGGGCUGACCGCGUCGGUUUGUGCAGACGACCUGAUAUCGGGCAAGGAGAUGUUCCACGAGAUCGGAGGGGAGCUGGACCACGCGUUCAACGACCUCGGCCUGCAGGCCCCGCCGCCCGUACAUGGGCCUCUUCACGCCAUCCCCCCGGCCACAUGCGAGCUGUGCACUUGCUGCCAUUGAUCUGCUGCCGAACCGCUUCCUCAUACGCAUUUAAAGCCUAUAAACCUUACAUACCCAUAUAAUUAUCAAACGCUUCUACUAAAUUCUAAAACCGCAUGACCGAUUGACUUUCGAGCGAAACGCUUGAGGUAACAGCAAGACCGGCGCAUGGCUUCGGAAUAAACAGGAUCACGACAUACGAGCUCGUCGCCGAGAAGGAGAAAUACAAGGACAUCGGAGACGACCUGGACACCGCGUUCGUGGAACUUAUCCUCAAGGAAUAAACGAGCACUGCCGAGUCUGGCCUGGCAACACCAUCUGCCCGCGAUUCAAACUAUCUGUAUAAACGUAUCUUAAUUUAUAUUUUAUACUCCUGAUUUUAAAGUAUUACAAACCAUAGGUUUAUGGCGGUAUUUAUUUUCGUUUAAUUUAAUAAAUAAUUUAUUAAUUA